ACCAUUCUGUCCAUAAAAGGCAUGAAUUUCAACUCGCGCCGAGAUAAAUACUUCAUCUCUGACCCACAUAAUGGCGAUAUUUUAGGCGGAGCUCUGACUUUGUCGCAACCCGCUCCUCCGCCGAGCUCGCCCCGGUACCGCCGGAGCCAUUAGAGCCGCGUCGCCUGCCAUCUUCCUGCGCCAGAAAGCAGCCUCCUCUCCGGCCGCCUCCAUCGAUCUCCAUCGGGGAAGAAGAAGAGCACCGGAGGAAGCCGAGCGAGGGAGGACGUUAACGGCCAGCGGCCACAUGUAAAGAAGUACAUUGGAGUGGACGGCGGCUUUUAUUCCCAGUCUCCCAGCUCUCAUACGUCAUUUGCUUAUUUUUAUCAAACCCGCAACCAAAUUCUCCUUGAUUUGCACCUUCCACUGCUUCUUGCUGGCCCUCUCUAAGCUACUGAGGCCAUGGCUGUGCCCUCAGCUCAUGAGUUUCACUGGCAGAGCUUGGCACGACUGCCCAACGGUCGUGUCUAUCACACUCUGACCGAGGUUGGGGGGCAGAUGUACAUGCUGGGGGGCUGUGAUGCUUCAGGGAGGCCCUGCCCGAAUGUGGAACUGUACUCCCCUGAGGGGGACCGAUGGAUAAGCCUGCCCUCUAUGCCCACUCCACGGGCUGGAGCUGCCGUGGCAGCGCUUGGAAAACAGAUCUUAGUCGUUGGAGGAGUGGGGGAGGACCAGAGUCCAUUGAAGAUGGUGGAAAUAUAUAACACAGAAGAAGGAAAGUGGAGAAAGAGGAGUUCCCUGAGGGAGGCCCUGAUGGGUGUGUCCAUCACUAUGAAAGAUGGUCGUGCUCUGGCUGUGGGCGGAAUGGGUGCCGACCUGCUCUCUCGUAACAUCCUUCAACAGUAUGACUUUCGAAAAGACGUGUGGGCUCUACUUCCUCCCAUGCCGACCCCACGCUACGAUGCCAACGCACAUUUACUGGACAACAAGCUCUAUGUAGCAGGUGGCCGCCAGUGUAAGCGGCCGGUGAAGGCCUUGGAGAUGUAUGACACAGACGCACGCUCAUGGACAACGCUUCCGAUGCUGUCGUGUAAGUGUUCCUACGCGGGAGCGAUAUGGGACGCCGCCGGGAGGCUGUGUUUGCUGGGAGGACUGCGGCAGGGAGGAGGACAUCAGAGCUCAAAGUUUACCAGGAACGUCAGUAUUUUCGACACUCACCGAGGUACGUGGCUGAAGUCGGAUGAGACGGUCGCCUUGAAGACAAAGAGAGCAGACUUUGUUGCCGCUAUGCUGCGCGACCGCAUGGUGGUAGCAGGAGGACUUGGUCAUGAGCCGUCUGCGCUGGACACGGUGGAGGCUUUCCAUCCUCAGAAGAAGAAGUGGGAGAGGCUGGCUCCAAUGGCGUUCCCCCGCUGCACCGCCUCCUCCAUCAUCAUCAGAGAUCGCCUUCUAGUAGUGGGUGGAGUUAACCAGGUACCCAGCCCAGCGCAUGAGAUUCUGUAUGUCAAAGAAGAGGAAUAUCUGUAGCCGGACCCAGGAUGAAAGUGCAUCAGUAGGAGCGGCCUUCUUAGUCACACAGUAUUUGCAAUAUACUUUAGCUGUGGACUAUCUGAGCCAACCAUGUGAAAGUGUUCUUUUCAUAGCGACCGCGUGAGACCACACUGCCACCUGUGGGGCUGGAACAACACUGCAGCCUGCAUGGAGGCGUCAAGAGCAGGGGUGUCCAAACAGGGUUUGAUACAUUUUCUACAUUAAAGAUGCUCAAAUCAA